AAAUAUCAUUUGUAUAUAUUUAUUUAUAUACAUACGUAUUGUCAACACUGCAACGAUCGAAGUGUGAAAUAUUUUCGUUCAGCAGCAAAAUACUCGAGCUAAAACCUACAAAUAAAAAAGGAAUUUUCAACAUUAAAAUAAUUUUUGGUGAUAAAUUUUAGAAAAAGUGUGAAUUUAAGCUGAUCUGAUAAUUUACUAUAUAAACAUGAAUAGUUUAAACAAUAGUGUUGAUGAAGUUGUGGAAUGCCCUUUGUGCAUGGAACCCCUGGAAGUAGAUGAUCUUAAUUUUUUUCCAUGUACUUGUGGAUACCAGAUUUGUAGAUUCUGCUGGCACAGAAUUCGAACAGACGAAAACGAGUUAUGCCCCGCAUGUCGAAAAGAAUAUCCCGAAAAUCCUGCUGAUUUUAAGCCAUUGACUCAGGAAGAGAUGAUUGCUUUCAAAUCGCAGAAACGACAGCGAGAUCAGCAGCGAAAGCAGAAAAUUACUGAAAAUCGUAAACAUUUGGCAAAUGUUCGUGUUGUUCAAAAAAAUUUGGUAUUUGUCGUAGGAUUACCUCCACGACUUGCUGAUGCAGACAUUUUAAAAAAGCACGAAUAUUUUGGUAAAUAUGGCAAAAUACAUAAAGUUGUGAUCAAUCCAAGUACUGCAUAUGCCGGUGUUCAGGGUCCUUCCGCAUCAGCUUAUGUUACUUAUGUACACAAUUCUGAUGCGUUAAGGGCAAUACAAAGCGUAAAUAACAUUAUGAUUGACGGUCGACUCAUAAAGACUAGCCUCGGGACAACUAAAUAUUGCAGUCACUUUAUGAAAAACCAACAGUGCCCUAAGGGAGAUUGUAUGUAUUUACAUGAGUUAGGAGAUCCUGAAGCGAGUUUUACAAAAGAGGAAAUGCAUCAAGGAAAGCAUCAAGAAUAUGAAAAACGUUUACAUGAUGUUUUGAUUGCAUCAUCUGGUACUAGCACAUGUGGAGUUUCCACUGGAAGCACAAGUUCCUUAUGUAAUAAUAGUAAAAAUUCUGAGAACUGUAAAAUGACUGGCAUAGUUUCAAGUUCCACUCCAUCGACUAGCGCAUCGGCAUCCACAUCUGUUACAACAAAUAACAUAGCAUCUUCUGGAACUACUCAAAAAGAAGCUUGGCCGUGCUUAUCAGUUUCUCCUGUCAAUCAAAAAGAUUCUAGUUCAAAUAAUGCCAACAAAAAUAAAAAAGAGCGUAUAAAGCAAGAUAAAAAUAAAAAUGAAAAACAUAGUAAAACAAAAAAUAAUAAAAAUAACAGUAGCGGUAAUGCAAGUUCAAUUCCCUUGCCUAAAGAAAUUGAUUUGCCUGUAAUCAUUUCGAAUUCAAUGCUUGAAAUUUCCGCAACUAACAAUAAUUCUUUGAUCGAGCAAACAUCUAAAUCUAAAGUUGACAAGAGCAUAGAAAAUCGCCCAAAUCCAAAAAAGGAAUUGGCGACAUCAACAAUUGUAGAAAAUGAAAUAAAAGACUUCGGGAAUCACACUAAUGCGGCAACUACAACAUCUAUUAAUUUAGAUAACAAUAACGGAGGAUAUCUCUGUAACAAGAUUAAAAAUGACAAUAAUAUUACUAAAAUAGAUAGUCAGCGCUCUCUUAGCUCCAGCAGUAACAGCAGUAGUAGUUGUAUUGUAACCACAAGCGAAAAUAAUUCAAUAAUAAACGAAAGCAUAAGUGGAAAAAGUUCUCCGGGCUGUUUCAAUGAAAAUAAUUUAAAUGCUGAACAUACAAAAUCUCCAAUUAAAAGUAAACGUCCAUUGGCACCAAGUUCCGAAUUGCAUACUAAUUCGGAUUCAAAUACUAAUAAAAACAAUUUAUCAGAAAAUUGUUCCAAACCAUAUGGAUAUGUAGAAAAUUUAUUUGCGGAAAAUGAAACUGUUGUCCACAAAACACCUACGCUUAACAUUAAUAAUAACGUUGAACAUAAUUUAUGCUUAAACGAAUCCCCUCAUAAAAAUCGGCUUGAAAAUAACCACUAUAACGACUCACUACUACAGGAUAAUGACGCAGACGAUUCUAUAUCAGAUACAAUGUCAAAAUUAAAUCUUUUUGAUGAAAACAGUUUCUUCAGUUCAACAACAGGGAUACUACAACAAUCUAUGCCAUUGAAACUUAAACAAAAUGAAGAAACAAUUCCAAAUCAAUUAAGCACUGGUACUGCACCUAAUUUGCCAGAUUUGAUAAAUGGUAUUGAUGGAUAUCAAAAUACUACAAAUGAAUGGGAAGAAGCAUUAAAAAAUGUUAUGAUUAAAACAAACAAACAGAUGGAAGAAAAACUUCAGCAAAAUUUACAACAACAACAUAUUCAAAAUCAAAGUCAGAUAAAGCAUCAAGAAGACCUUCACAGACUCCAAGAAAUUCAAAACCGUAAUAAUAUCUUAAGUUCACUAAGUAUAUCUCAACUAAGUGGAGCCCAAUCUGACUUUCAAUCUAGUUCCAACAAUUACUUAACUAGUUCCGAUUUAAGUCGACAAUCAAACUAUCUUCAGUACCAACAGCAACAAUCAGCAGAAUCAUCGAACGAUAUCCUACAGAACUCUUUGUUUGGAACGAACAUGUCAAAAUUUUUUGAUUUUCACAAACAUCAACAACAACAAAAACUUCAACAACACUGUUUACAAAUUAACGGACCAAACAAUAUUAACGGAGGUGUGAAUGAUAACUUACAUAUGAGACCUUUAUUGGAAAACAAUCGCCUUAAUUCGCAACUGGUAGAUCCAAAUUGUAUUUUGACAUCUCAACAACAACAUCAGAAACAAAAACUCUUUGGUAAAAUAGAUCAAAUGCUCUGCCAUCAAACACUGCAACAGCUUCCUUCAAAUCAGCAAAUUGGAUCUGUACAAACACAACAAAACCAGUUUGUUCAUAAUUCAACCGGUGAUGAUGACUUGGGAUUUGAUCCGUUUAUUGAAACUCAAAAAGCGUUAGCUGAAUUAAUUGAAAAUGAGGAGGAACAGCAAAAUGUGGGGACAACUUCUUCGAAUUUAAUGCCUCAUAAACAGGCAAAUAAUUUACACCAACCUCAUCAACAACAUAUGAUGGAAUAUAUGCAACGUGCACGCAUGCCACCUCCAGGAUUUAAUCAUGUUAACAACUUUAACGGUUAUGGUGUCGUUCCAAGAAUACAAAAUAAUAAGGUCAUGCCCUUUAUGAAUUUAUCAAAUAACUAUACGGCUCCAGCUACCCAACAUAUUCAACACCAACAACAGUUACAAAUUCCAAGUAACGCCUGGGGUACACAUUUAGGAAACUUUCAGCAACACAUUAAUGAGCAACAGAUUCGUCAAGUUAAUUCUAAUCAAAUGCCAAGUGGUGGUAAUCAGAAAGGUUAUACUGGCAAUGAUUGGACUGCUAUGGAUCCAGCAAUACUUUCAUUUCGACAAUUUUCUUUUCCGCAUCAAACACAAGUGACGCCUCAAAUACAGCCUCAGCAACAAGAAUUGUUUUUACAACAAUUGGCACAACAACAGCAACAAACAGGUUUUAAUUCUCAGUCGCAACAUCUAAGUGGAGGAAAUGUUGGUAUGCCAAAUGCUAUUAUGAACUCCCAACAAAGUUCACAACCACACGUCAAUGCAAAUGUCCAAGGAAUGUUAGAAUACUUGAAAACGCGUCAAUUUGUCUAAACUUAUUCUUAUAUAUACACAAAUAAACAAAUAAACGUUAAUAAUAAAAUAAUAAAA